GCGUUUGAAAUCAGCCAAUGAUAGGCCUGCUCCGGAGCUUCCUCUCCGCCUUCUCCGCUAGCUUGGGAGUGCUCGGAGGGAAGCAGUGUGUUAGUGGCCGGUGUGGAAACGUUGCUUUGGCGAAUACGAGAUGACGGGUUCGAACGAGUUCAAUCUGAACCAGCCACCCGAGGAUGGCAUCUCCUCGGUCAAGUUCAGCCCCAACACCUCCCAAUUCCUCCUGGUCUCCUCCUGGGAUACGUCUGUACGCCUCUACGAUGUGCCCGCCAACUCCAUGCGACUCAAGUACCAGCACACUGGUGCUGUCCUGGACUGCGCCUUCUACGAUCCAACGCAUGCCUGGAGUGGAGGAUUGGAUCAUCAACUGAAAAUGCAUGAUUUGAACACUGAUCAAGAAAAUCUUGUCGGAACGCAUGAUGCCCCUAUCAGAUGUGUGGAAUACUGUCCCGAAGUGAAUGUCAUGGUUACUGGAAGUUGGGAUCAGACAGUUAAACUGUGGGAUCCCAGAACUCCUUGUAAUGCUGGCACCUUCUCUCAGCCGGAAAAGGUGUACACCUUGUCGGUGUCCGGGGACAGGCUGAUUGUGGGUACAGCAGGCCGCCGAGUGCUGGUGUGGGACUUGAGGAAUAUGGGCUACGUGCAGCAGCGCAGGGAGUCCAGCCUGAAGUACCAGACUCGCUGCAUCCGCGCCUUUCCAAACAAGCAGGGUUAUGUGUUGAGCUCCAUUGAAGGCCGAGUGGCAGUAGAAUACCUGGACCCAAGCCCCGAGGUUCAGAAGAAGAAGUAUGCCUUCAAGUGUCACAGGCUAAAGGAAAACAACAUUGAGCAGAUUUACCCAGUCAACGCCAUUUCCUUCCACAAUAUCCACAAUACGUUUGCCACAGGUGGUUCUGAUGGAUUUGUAAAUAUUUGGGAUCCGUUUAACAAAAAGCGACUAUGCCAGUUCCAUCGAUACCCCACUAGCAUUGCGUCUCUUGCCUUCAGUAAUGACGGAACCACGCUUGCAAUAGCAUCGUCCUAUAUGUAUGAAAUGGAUGACGUGGAGCAUCCUGAAGAUGGUAUCUUCAUUCGCCAAGUGACAGAUGCAGAAACAAAGCCCAAGUCCACGUGAUCAUCUGGUGGAAAGCCUCACUUCCUGCCAGCACUUGCUUCCCCCAGGGGCUGCUGUAGUCACUGGACUCCGUCUAGUUUGUCUAGUUUUGGGUUUCUCUGUCUCCUGUCAACAGAAACGUCUCUGUGUACUCUGUAAUUGUUUGGGAUGCGGAGGCUUGGUGCCCUUGUACAGUAGUUGAAUGUUCCUGUCCCUAAGUAAUUCCUGUUGCUGUUACUGCUCCAGCUCUUUGUAGCACAAUCUAAAACUGUUAAUAUUUUUCUGUUGUCAAAUAAAUCAGAUAUUUGGAACUUUUAAAA